AUGACAUCCACCCAAGAAGACCAGGUUUUAAAGAAAACUAAAUAUUGGGAAAAGCCGCUCAACAUAAUGCACUCUACACAAAUACACAAUCCUGAUCAAUCUGUAUUGCUUUUGGAAAAAAUUAAUGUGGCAAGAAAAGAAUCCAAACAAACUGAUGUAAUUCUCGAUGUAGAUGGUACAGAAUUCCCUUGUCAUAAAGUUGUGUUGGAAAAUAGUUGUAGUUACUUUAAAAGUAUGUUCGAUAGUGGUAUGCAAGAAUGUCACCAACGCAAAAUAACCAUAAAAGGUGUGGAUUCUACUACAAUGGCAUCACUACUUGACUAUUUCUUCACCGGCAAAAUCUUCAUUACCAGUGCUAAUGUGCAGGCUAUUCUGCAAGCUGCAAACCUAUUUCAAGUCUUGUAUGUUAGAGAUAGAUGUGCCAGGUUCAUCUUAAACAAUCUUGAGGCUGAGACUUGCCUUGGAAUCUGGCAGAUGAUGGUGUCACUCUCACUUGCAGGUAGUGAGCAGGCAAAAAUGUACGCUUUGAACCAUUUCAAAUUGGUUUGUAAGGUACAAGAGUUUCUGGAUCUAUCAAAGGAAUUGCUGAUAGAAAUUAUAUCAGAUGAAGAGCUUGUUGCUGAUAGUGAGACUGAAAUUGGUUUAGCAGUGCUUGAGUGGUUUCUCUAUAAGAAUGGUUCUAGAAAAGAAGAUUUUGUUGAAGUAAUACAACAUGUAAAAUUGGAAUUGAUCACUUCUGUAUAUUUAGUUGAACGUCUUUGCAAAGAACUAAUGCUCAGUGGUAGCCAAGUUGGUGAACUUGAAGACAGACUUAUAUCUAGUCAAGGAGGACCAGAGAAAGAAGCACAGCAUCGGAAAAACAGUGUGGUAUGUUUCAUUGGAGGUUUUGUAAAUGGUCAACCUUCUGACACUAUCAAUUACUUCAAUCCAAAAAACAGAACCUGGUCUUGUCUUACGAAAGCUAAUACAACAUAUAGAGGUGUGUCAUUGUCAUAUGAAGGAGGUGCUGUGAUUUAUGGGAACUCUAUUUACACUAAGGUGUCAGAUGCGCUUGCAUUAUUCAACAUGGAUACAAAUAGUUGGACGAAUAGGGCAAGUGGAUUGAUUGAUGGUGAAAAAUGGUUAAAGAUGGAAUUAAUUGAUGACAGAAUAUUUUUUCUUGGAGGAAGGUUCCACUGUUAUGAUCUGAAUAAAAAGUGUGAAGCUUUAGUGGCACCAAUAUUGAAGAAG